AUGUUGGCCAGCACGGAGGGCGGAGACCUAUUUGUGUGGGGUUGCGGCUUGACGCAUCAGCUGGCCAACCGGCCAAGGGACGUGUCAAACCCAACCGAUGCAGAUGAGGAGCCCGCAGAUGAGCUGAGACCCUACCAAGUGUCUUCGAAGCAGCUGCAGAAGCGCUUCGUGAUUGUGGCAGAUGGGGGAGCUCAGCACAGCGUGGAGCUUGCAUUUGGCGGCCAGUACAGCAGACUCAGCCGUGACGGAGCUGGCACCGGCUCACCCAUGGAAACGGACAUAGCAGAACCCCCUUCGAAACGCCUCAGAGCGCUUGAGGCAGCCGAAGUGGAUGCUGCCUUGGCUCCAGAGGUUCUGCGGGAG